CUUGUGCGCAUGGAGUGAGGAAAACAGGGGUAAACAGUUAGCAUAUGUUGAAGUAAACCGAGAUUUUGUGUCAUUAUUAUGAUUUCUUUUGUCUUUUAAAGGUGUACUUCGUUAUUAUUUCUUUAGAUAAAAUGGACGCACAGAAAGAUCUGCAGCCGCCUAAACAACAACCGAUGAUCUACAUCUGUGGAGAAUGUCACACUGAGAAUGAAAUUAAAGCUCGUGAUCCCAUCAGAUGCAGAGAGUGUGGCUACAGAAUCAUGUACAAGAAGAGAACGAAGAGAUUGGUUGUUUUUGAUGCCCGAUGAAGAAGAGCAGAGCGACAGAUUUGACUUCAGUUGUUGUUUACUGUUUUUGUAGUGUAUCGCCAUGUAAAUAAACAGUCUUUCAGGCUUGGCUUCAACUUUCAA